CCGAAAAGUUUCAAAGUUUCGACUUUUUUGAGCUGAAAACGUCCCACAAAUUCGAAAGUUUCGAUCAAAAACUCAUGAUCUCGAAUAAUUCAAAAUGCUUAUUCAAAGCUGAAAGUUUCAGCCAGUUCAAGUUCAUGGUUGAAACCAGUUUGUGUGUGUAAAGUUCCAGUUCCGGUCUUUCUCCAAAGUACCUAUUCAGAAUCAUUGAAAUUUGAGUUUUGAAACACCUAUCAUCAACAUAUUUUGCGAUUACAUCUCAUCAAUAAAGUACCUUCUAUAAUUUUCUAGCCAGUAUGAUUUUCCGUACCUAUCAAUUUGCUCUCACCAAAGUGUUUCUAUCCUCCCAUUAAUCUCAUAUUCAUAUUAGAAUAACCUCUCACACAAAAAUGUACUCGACUUCACAUCUUCAUUUCAAAGUACCUCGCAGCAGUCUAAUAAAAUUUAUUAAACGAUUACAAACCUUGUCAAGUACAAAUUAUCUGAAGCUCGACAGUAACCAGAAAACUAUCAACAGUAUUCGACAGAACACAGAAGUUUCGAGCUCUCAUCUAACACCUGAGAUUAAAUUACAUCUCAUCACUUCUGCAAUCUCCAAUGGAUCGACUCCAUUUGAAUUUGAAAACUAUAAUAACGAAGAUCCAUUCUGGGGUUUCUAUUGGCCCGGUGGACAAGUCUUAUCGAGGUAUAUUUUAGACAAUGCGAAUUUUUUCAAGAAUUUGAGCAUUAUUGAUAUCGGUUGUGGAUGCGGAGCAACAGCAAUCGCAGCGGCGAAAUCGAAUUCGAAAAAAGUUAUUGCCAAUGACAGUGAUGCUAUUGCUUGUGUGGCGACCGCCAUGAAUGCUGAGAUUAAUCAAGUCGAAGUGGAAAUACUCCAUGGAUCUAUUUUAGGAGAGAAAAAUAUUCCAUGGGAUUGUAUUUUAAUGGGUGAUAUGUUUUAUGAAGAAAUACAAUCGUCGCAUACUAUCGACUGGUUGGAUUAUUUAAUUGAGCAAGGAAAACGAAUUUUGAUCGGUGAUCCUGGCAGACUACCUAUUCAAAAAUAUAAAGGAGCUAAUUUCAAUUUAAGCAGACGUACAGUUCAUUUUUCUACAAACGCCUGCGUUACCGAAUCACACCAAUCCUACCUGACCAACUUACAAAAUCAACGUAAAAUUGAACUAAUUAAACAGUAUACCAACUUCUCGUACGAUCAUAUAACACCUGAGAUUGGUUUGCAUCUGAUUACUAAAGAUAGCGAAGCAUGGACAUGGAAGCAAUCAGAAAUUCAGCUGAGAGACCCAUUUUGGGCGUUUUAUUGGCCUGGAGGACAAGCUCUAACGAGAUAUGUUCUGGAUAAUCCUCAAGAAUUUGAAAAUAAAUCCGUUCUUGAUGUUGGCUGUGGUAGUGGAGCGACAUCCAUAGCAGUUGCUCGUGCUCAAGCUCUCGAAAUUGUAGCUAAUGACUGUGAUAUUGAUGCCUGUAUUGUAACCGCUUUAAAUGCUGAAUUGAAUGGCGUAAAUUUAAGAAUUUCUCAAGAAAAUUUUAUUGGAAAUGCGAAUAUUCCUUGGGACUGUAUUUUAGUUGGCGAUAUGUUUUACAACGAUGAAAUAUGUUCAGUGAUAUUCAAAUGGUUGAAAGACUUGAGUUCUCAGCAUAAGAAAAUUUUCAUUGGAGAUCCUGGUCGAUUAAAAGGGAGAAAUUUCGAGUUCAAGGAAAAUUUGAAACUAUUAAAAACGUACCGUUUAAAAGAAGAUACUUUCAUAGAAAAUGAUACGUUUGUAAACGCCAACGUGUUGGCUUUUAUGUGAUGUUAAAUUUGGUUUGAAUUUAUGUACCUAAAUUUAUAAACUUAUUUAUUGUUUUCUUUAAUUUUAUAGCUGUUAAUCGUAUCCUAUCUAUUCUCUACAUUUUUGUGGUCGAUCUUCAAGAUAUCGCAUUAAAAAUGAAAACAUUGAGUACGAAGUGUUAA